AUGGAAUACUUCACUGCGAACCCCAGUCCCCCUUCCUUGGACCAACACCUCACAUCCGCCAAAGCAUUCAUCUCCCAACAUGCUUCAGCAUAUCGCCGCGUGGCCCUCGUCACAUCUGGAGGCACCACAGUCCCCUUGGAGAACCAAACCGUUCGUUUCAUCGACAACUUCUCCGCCGGAACCCGAGGCGCAACCUCCGCAGAAUACUUUCUCGCCAACGGAUAUGCCGUGAUUUUCCUUCACCGGCAAUUCAGCUUAUUGCCUUAUUCUCGCCACUACUCUCACUCGACGAAUUGCUUUCUCGAUUACAUGUCCUAUUCGGAAGAUGGCCCUGUGGCGGUACAGAGUCGAUAUCAGGAUGAAAUGGGCAAAGUUCUGAGAGAAUAUAGGAAAGUCAAAAAGGACGGUCUAUUGCUGUUACUACCUUUUGUCACUGUCAACGACUACUUGUGGCAUUUAAAAAGUCUGGCCGAGCUGAUGCAACCGCUGGGGAGCGAUGGCUUGUUCUACUUGGCCGCAGCUGUGAGCGAUUUCUUCGUGCCGGCAGAGAAAAUGGUCGAACACAAAAUCCAGAGUUCCGAAGACUUUAAUAAUACUGCCACGGCCGCAAAAACCAAAAACGGAGGCCCGGGAACACCCAAGCAGCCCGCGGCACACAUGGAAGGAAAACUCCUCAAAAUCGACCUCGAUCCCGUCCCCAAAUUCCUCAAACUCCUCGUCGACGGAUGGGCGCCCAGAGCGAUGAUAGUCUCAUUCAAACUCGAAACCGAUCCUUCUCUCUUACGAGAAAAAUGUGCGUAUGCCCUCAAAAAGUAUGCGCAUCAUCUUGUCAUUGGCAAUAUGCUCAACACCAGAAAAUAUGAAGUGCUCUUCGUCUCUGCAGGCGGAGGAGAGAAAUGGAUUCGAGUGCCGCAAGCGGAAGAGGGUAAAAAAGAGUCCGUGGAGAUUGAAAGUUUGAUUAUACCAGAAGUCGCAAAAUUGCAUACGCAUUUGAUUGAGCAUGGAGAUCCGAGGAGGUUGAGUCAGGAGUCUUCUGGUGCGGAGAAACCGAUGUUUGAGUAGCCAAGGUAGGUAAGAUUAAGUGGUAGUUAGCGAAAGGGAACACGAGGACAUGGAAGCGAAGAUGGGAAGGUCUACAAUGUCUAGGUACG